AUGCCAUUUCAGUUUGAAGAUCUGAAACGAGUCCUUGUAAAAUCGAAGGAAGACUUGGAGUUUGCUAAGGAAGACAUGAAGAAUGGUGAGACACCUGCCCGCAAGAAGGCAUUAAAAAAGGCUAAUCAGAAAUACGAAAUUCAAAUGAAGGCGCUGGACGAUUUUAUAACUGGUAAAUUGGCCGAUCUGAAGAAUGAACACGUCAAGGAGAUCGAGAUGAUCAUCACUGAAGCCCAGUUGACUGGAGUGCAGCUCGUUGUUGUUGCUUGCGUGAAUUGCAUACAACCAACUAGUCCAAAGCAUAUGACUCGAGAGGAGGAAAAUCCCAUUGCCAAGUUGUGA